GUAAAAAAAUGUUUGAAGAGGUGGAUUUGCAGUCAUUAAAGGAUCCAUCGGGUAUUUUCGAUUUAAUUGAAGUUGUUGGAACUGGAACAUAUGGGCAGGUUUACAAGGGGAAACACGUAAAAACUGGGUCUUUGGCUGCAAUAAAAAUAAUGAAUAUAAAUGAGGAUGAAGAAGAGGAGAUUAAAGCUGAGAUUAAUAUGCUCAAAAAGUAUUCUCAUCACCCAAAUAUUGCCACUUAUUAUGGGGCCUUUAUCAAAAAAUUGCCUUCUUCAACAGGCAAACAUGAUCAACUUUGGCUUGUAAUGGAGUUUUGUGGUAGUGGAAGUGUUACAGAUUUAAUUAAAUCUUCAAAAAGUGGUUUUCUUAGAGAAGAGUGGAUUGCUUAUAUUUGCAAAGAGAUUCUUGGGGGUUUAAGCCAUCUUCACAAAAGCAAUGUCAUCCAUAGGGAUAUUAAAGGCCAAAAUGUCCUUUUAACGGAUAAUGGUGAAGUUAAAUUAGUUGAUUUUGGGGUUAGUGCACAAUUAGAUAGAACUGUUGGAAAGAGAAAUACUUUUAUUGGAACACCUUAUUGGAUGGCUCCAGAAGUAAUUGCUUGUGAUGAAAAUCCCGAUUCUACAUAUGACUCUCGCAGUGAUCUCUGGUCUCUCGGCAUUACAGCCUUAGAAAUGGCUGAAGGGCACCCACCGCUUUGUGAUAUGCAUCCAAUGCGUGCUCUAUUUUUAAUUCCUCGCAACCCUCCUCCAAGAUUAAAUAAAAAAUCUUCCAAAAAAUGGUCAAAAAAGUUUGAUUCGUUUAUUGAAUGUAUAUUGGAGAAAGACUACACGAGGAGGCCUUUUACUGAUAAUCUUAUUAAGCAUGCCUUUAUUCGAGAACAAAUUCCCGAAAGAGUUGUUCGAAGUGCAAUUAAAGAUCAUAUUGAUAGACAUAGAAAAGUUUUAAGAAAAGAAGAAACAGAAUACGAAUAUAGUGGAAGUGAUGAUGAUGAAAUUCGCAUAAACAAUAAUCUUGAAGCUAUAUUAAAUAAUAAUAACAAUAAUAAUAGAACAAAACAUUCACCCAGACCAAAUCCUUCCAAUGGCACAAAAGCCGUAGAAGAACCUCCAACAAUUAAAGGAGUUGGUGGAUGUGAUUUGAGAAAAGAAUUUCAAAGAAUUCAAGAGAAUAAUAGGUCCGCAUUUGAAGACGACAAACCACUUUUACAUCUUAAAAGAAUUGCCCAACCACCGCAAUCUAAUACAACACCAGAACAGUCUUUUAAGGACAACAAUGGAAAUAAUGCUGGUGUUGUUAGAAUGAGGCCUCCUCAGAGUUUUGGGGCUGUUAAUAGUGGUCUCCACCCUAAUAAUAAACAACAACAACCUAAACUUGCCAGCCACCCGCAUCGUUCUUCACACUAUCAACCUCAACAAUCCUCUCAAUAUAAUCGCAGUAGAACAUCAAAUAGCCAUCAUACUCAGCAACAUCCAGCAGCACCUCAUUUAGCUGAAUUAGCAAAUAAUUAUGAUAGAAAAAAGAAAGAACAACAAUUACAACAAAAACAACAAAGAAUUGGUGCCAUUCUCCCUCCUCAACAACCUUUAUCUUCCCAAAAACAACAUCAACAACAAAGGAGAUGUGUAGUUCCUAAUCGUUCUUCACAACAACAACAAAGUGAUGUUAGUAGACGUUCAAUUGUUUCUGGACAAAAACAGAUAAUUGGAACAAGUUUACAGCAACAAUUGAGAAAGGAAUCUCAUCAACCUGAAGAUUUGGAUAUUUUGGCUGAUGAACUGCGUGAACUCUCUAAGGUUAAUUCAAAACAUCCAUCUGUACCUAAAAUUUCUGCUGCAAAAAUAACAACGAGCGGUAGCUCCAAAAUGACACAGCCUCUUCCCUUUCUUUCUUCUGACUCCGAGCCUCCAUCUCCUCCCCCUAGAGGUAAAAUACCGCCAUGGAAGAAUUCUAAUCGGACUUUCAAAAAAAUCUUAGACUCUUCAAUGGUUGAAACAUUUUCUGAACGGAAGGUUUUGCUUAAUGAGAAACGCCAACAACGUUCACUUGACGCCUCUCGUCAACAUGACAAACCUCUUCCACCUACACCAACCAAACGAGGAAAUAUUGUUGGUGGUGCUAAUAAUGAAGAAGAUGAGGAAAAAGGAACACUUGUUGUGCAUCGACAUGCUUCAGUUUCCCCGCAAAGACGACAACGUAGCAAUAGUUCAAAUCUUUUGCAUGUCCGUUCUGAUAGAUUAUUACUUUCUGGUUCGCGUACAAGCCUUAACCAACAAUUGGCCAAUAUUGGAAAACAAUCUUCAGCGCCUGAAUGCCAACAUUCAGCAUUUGAACAUGAACAAGAUGAAGAUUCUUCUGACUCAGAAGAAGAUGAAGUUGAAGUCACUAGUAUAGAACCAAAAAAUGCUUGUGAAUCAAUUACUUGUCUUCAAAAUCAUGAACCUGCUCCUGCUAUCUACAUUAAUCGUAAUCCUUAUGAUAAACAAGGAAAUGAUGAUGGAAGAGAUGAGGAUGAAGAACAACAUCAACAGGAAGAUGAGGAUGAAGAAGAGGAAAUGGUUGAAGACCCUAUACAAACUCUUCGUCGACCACCUCAUCAAAUGUUCACUUCUUCUAUGGAACAACAACAUUCACUAAUUGAAUCCCCUGCCUCAUUCUCUCCUGCAGAUAAAUUUCAGCAGAGGGAACGGGAAAAAUCUUUCAUCGGCUUUUUUGGUAAUUAUCCGUCUGGUGUUAUGCCUCCAGCUUUUGGAGGUGGAGGUUCCCAUGGAUCACCUCCAAUUUUUGGUUCAGCCUCAGCAGGGAGUGGUGGAGCAGCAGGAGGAGGAUUAAUGUUUGGAGCUGUAGGUACAAUUAAUCGUCCUGGGAGAAUAAUUAAUCCUAACCAGGUAUUUUUUAAAUUACUUUCAAAAAAUAUUCAUAAACAGAUACACGUAAAUGUCAACCCUGAUGGUGCUACUCCAACAGAUGCAGACGCACCUGAAAUUCGAAAAUACAAAAAAAGAUUUAAUGGAGAAAUUCUUUGUGCUGCUCUUUGGGGCGUUAAUUUACUUAUUGGAACGGACACUGGUUUAAUGUUAUUAGACAGAAGUGGACAAGGAAAAGUUUAUCAUUUGGUUACUCGAAGGCGUUUUGACCAAAUGACUGUUCUUGAAGGUCAAAAUAUUUUGGUCACUAUUAGUGGCAAAAAACGGCGAAUACGGGUCUACUAUUUGUCUUGGCUUAAACAGAAGAUACUUCGAACUGAAGGGUUACAACAAUCUGAUAAAAGAAAUGGUUGGAUGAAUGUUGGAAAUUUACAGGGAGCUAGCCAUUUUAAAAUUGUCCGGCAUCAACGUAUAAAAUUUUUAGUUGUUGGUAUAGAAAAUUCUUUAUCAAUUUAUGCUUGGGCUCCUCGUCCAUACAGCAAAUUUAUGGCAUUUAAAAGUUUUGGACAACUUACUCAUUCCCCUUUAGUUGUUGAUUUAACUAUUGAGGAAGAUGUUAGGCUUAAAGUACUUUAUGGAAGUGGUACUGGCUUUCAUGCUAUUGACUUGGAUUCUGCUUCAAUUUAUGACAUUUACACACCUCCACAAACAAUUGCCAAUCAAGAAUUAACCCCUCAUUGUAUUGUUAUUUUGCCUGAUACUUGUGGAAUGCAAUUACUUCUUUGCUAUAAUAAUGAAGGUGUAUAUGUUAAUACUUAUGGAAAAAUUACAAAAAAUGUUCAACUUCAAUGGAGUGAAAUUCCUUCUUCUGUUGCCUAUAUUUCAACCAACCAAAUUAUGGGCUGGGGAAAUAAAGCAAUUGAAAUUAGAAGUGUUGAAACUGGUCAUCUGGAUGGUGUUUUUAUGCACAAAAAAGCACAAAAAUUAAAAUUUUUAUGUGAACGAAAUGAUAAAGUUUUCUUUUCUUCAGCAAAGGGAAGUUCUUCACAAAUUUAUUUUAUGGCGCUAAAUAACAAAAUUAAUAAUUGGUGA